AUGGGGGACUAUGAUGAGGAGAUAGCCUUCCUGGGCAAUUGGGGAAGAUUUCAGCAGAUGAUCUUUCUCCUUCUCUGUGCCACAGCUGUGCCCAACGGAUUCACUGCUCUGUCCAGCGUAUUCCUGGGAGACAGCCCAGCUCAUCACUGUCUGAUCCCAGAGGGACUUAACAUCACUGAGGAGUGGAGAAAGGCCAGCAUUCCCACACAGGAGGUGAACGGGGAGACGGAGAACAGCAGGUGCAGAAGAUACAGGCUGGACCUGAUCUCAAAUUUCUCAGCCCUGGGCCUGUCCCCCAGUAAGGAUGUCAACCUCUCUCAAGUGCCACUCGAGGGCUGCUCUGAUGGAUGGACCUACAGUAAGGAGAUCUACCAGUCCACCAUAGUCACUGAGUAUGACCUUGUUUGUGACAAUGAGUGGAAGAAGCCGUUGUCUACCUCCAUCUACUUCCUUGGUGUGCUGUCUGGGUCUUUCUUCUCUGGACAAUUUUCAGACAGGUUCGGGAGAAAGCCAACCCUUUUCAUUACCUUGGUGAUUCAGACGGUCUUCGGCUUCGUCCAGGCUUUCUCUCCAUCAUGGGAGGUGUUCUCUGUGUUCUUCUUUUUGGUGGGAAUGGGACAUAUCUCCAACUUCGUCGCCGCAUUCGUAAUGGGAACGGAGAUCCUGACAGGACCUCCGCGGAUGAUUUUCGCUUCCCUGGGUAUCAACGGCUUUUUUGCCCUCGGCUACAUGCUGCUGCCGCUCUUUGCCUACUUCUUCAGGAAUUGGAGGACACUCCUGAUUGCUAUGACUGUGCCCAACAUUGUCUAUAUCGCCUUUUGGUGGUUCAUCCCGGAGUCCCCCCGAUGGCUUCUCUCUCAGGGCCGGGUGGAGGAGGCAGAGGCCAUUUUGAGAGGUGCUGCCAAGAAGAACAGAGUCACAGCCCCGGAGGUCAUCUUCCCCCAAACAGAGAAAAAAAGUGAAAAAGAAGAAUUCCAUGGCUUUCUUGAACUCCUGAAGACCAGCAACAUCCGGCACAACACAUUAAUAUUGGCUCUAGUGUGGUUUAGUCUAAUGAUUGGUUACUUUGGCCUGUCCCUGAACACAUCCAACCUUCACGGAAGCCCUCAUCUCAACUGUUUCAUCUCCGCUGCCACUGAGAUCCCAGCUUAUACCGCCUGCUGGCUGGCCCUGAAAUAUCUACGUAGAAGACUGAGCUUAAGCCUUAGCAUGUUGCUAGGAGGCGGAGUUCUUUUCUUCAUUCAGCUUGUACCUCCAGAUCUUUCCCCCCUGGCCACUUCACUGGAAAUGAUCGGGAAAUUCUUCAUGACCAGUGCACAUGGCUUGAUAUAUGUUUACACGGGAGAGCUGUACCCCACCGGAAUCAGAAACACCGCGAUGGGGAUCUGUGCCAUGGCCUCUAGAGGGGGCAGUGCCAUCUCUCCAUACUUUGUCCACCUGGGCACAUACAACACUGAUUUGCUUUACAUUCUGCUGGGAAGCCUCACCACUAUAUCAGCGAUCAGCGUUCUCUUUCUGCCAGAGAGCUUUGGGCUCCCCCUGCCGGAGACCAUGGAUCAGAUGCCAAAAAGAGAGAGGAUAAAAUGGCCGUGUCUGUCCAGUGAACAGAAAGUGAAAGACGAGCAAAAGAACGACAAGACUCAUUCAGGGAAAAUUGCUGCAGAGACAUGGAUGUAGUCUCCAGAACUAGGUUUCCAUGACAAAUCAUGUUGUGAGAGUGUUAUAUGAUAAGAAAAUGACCUUAAAAAACUAAUUUUAUUAACUACAGGGGUAGCCCAUGAAUACUGCAAGCAUCUUCUGAUGUCUCCUAUGUCUCCUAUGGACAGUAUUCACAGACACAUGGCCAAUGUCUCAAUUUUUUUCUUACUGGGUUUUAUUUUGUGCACUGAAAUGAUGAUGGGGGGGGACUAUGUAUUACAAGUGCAGUCUUUUCUACAUGGUGGAAUUCAAGCAUGAACUUUUAGGUCCUGCCGCAGCAUCUCCAUUGGAUUCGAGUCAGGACUUUGACUAGACCACGCAAAAACUUUGAUUCUGUUCAGCCAUUCAGGAGUGGACUUUUUGGGUCAUUGUCUAGCUACAAAACCCAGAAUGACAUACCCAAAACAGACAGAGGACCGGACAUUCUCCUUAAGAAUUUUCUCAUACAGAGCAGAAUUGAUGCUUCCUUCAAUAAUAGCAAGUCGCCCACAUCCCAAGGCAGCAAAGUAUUGCCAUACCGUCAAAUUACCACCACAUUUGACUGUUGUUAUGAUGAGGCUAGAGAGAUUGUUGGAUGUUCUUCAGGGAUCUUUUGUGACUUCCUGGAUGAAUUGUCCCUGUGCCCUUGGAGAAAUAUUGGCAGACUGGCCACUCCAAGGAAGAUUCACUGUUCCAAGUGUUCUCCAUAUAGAAACAAUGGCUCUCACUGUGGUACAUUGGACUCCCAGAGCAAAAGAAAAGGUUUUUGGAGUGACCAUGUCAAAGUCUUUACUUGAACCUGUGGCCAAUAGAGCGGAGGCAGGACCUGAAAUUGGCAGUUUAUGCUCCAAUAAGUCUGAAUUUAAGCAGCUCUGCAAUGUAAAGCAGGC